GCCGGGCCAAUGUUUAGCAAGGGUAGAAUUUUUUUUUGGAAUUUCAAUGCCAUUUGUGUUUUUGGAUAGCAAUUUGUGAUGUACUUGUAGUUUGUGCACUUUUUUAAUACGUGGUUUGAAUUUCAGUUGGUUUCUAUGGAAUUAGUGUAUUUGUUUUGCCCAUUGAACACAUGACGAUCCAGAGGAACGAAAUUGAUUCCGAGUGGAAGCAUGCAUGUUGUAACAUGUGCCAACUGUAGGUAUUAUACGUACAAUCCGGGCUCCCGGUGAACACACAAAUAGGUCUUCAGUUUGACUAGAGACCAGAAUAGGUCUAAACAGCUCUGGUGAAACAGGCAACCGAACAGCGGGCAGGAACCUACAGAAGGAAAGAACGAACGGAGGACAUUUUGAUUUUAGCAGACAACAUUUCGUCACAUCACUGAAAUGACCUUACUCGACCUGUCUGGACCGAGCGGUCUAAAUAGGGCUGAAGAACAUAUGACAGAUUCUCAAGAGUUUAUGAAUUUUAACGUGUGGAGAGGCACGCCCGAACAGCUCCAGCAUAUGAUGACGGAUGACUCGAAUGGCGACGCUUCUCUCGGGGACAACAUACACCUCAAGAUCCUUGUCCCCAGCAUCGCCGCCGGAGCUAUCAUCGGUAAGGGCGGGGAGACCAUCGCCCAAGUACAGAAGGAAGCUGGCGCCCGAGUUAAAAUGUCCAAAGCAAAUGACUUCUAUCCAGGAACAACAGAAAGAGUAUGCCUCAUUAUGGGAGGGAUAGAAGCAGUCAGAAGAGUCCAGAAUUUCAUCAUGGAAAAGAUCAGAGAAAAGCCUGACCCCAACCCUAAACCAGAAGAAACAAACAAAAACUUUGAAAGACAUAGACAACAGGUGAAGGUUUUAGUUCCAAACAGUACGGCUGGGAUGAUCAUCGGAAAAGGAGGCAACUAUAUUAAACAGAUUAAGGAAGAGAGUGGAGCGUAUAUACAAAUAUCUCAGAAGUCCAAGGAAACAAAUUUGCCAGAACGGUGUGUCACUGUUGCGGGCGAUCAUGAGGCUAACCGUAAGGCAGUAGACCUGAUCUUACAGAAAGUCGUUGAGGACCCGCAGAGUGGCAGCUGCCCUAACAUCAGUUAUGCAGACUACACAGGCCCGGUGGCUAGUGCUAAUCCCACAGGCUCACCCUUCGCCAAUACAAAUUUCACACAAAAUCGUAGCCAGGAGAUGGUUGUCAAUAACAGCAACUACCCGCAACAGGGUGCUACAGCUUACAGCAUAGGCUUCAAUGGAAAUGGGUUUAACAAUAGUAUUGGCAGCGGUAUUUCAAACCUCAAUCUCAAUGCCGCCCUGGGAGGUGGUCCUGGUGGAAGCAUGUCUAGCGGUGCUCUAGAAAACUUAAAAAUGACCCUACGGAGCAGUGGGUAUUCAGAUCAGGCUACGGAGGAAAUUUCCAUUGCCAUGAACACUCUAGCUAGUUAUGGAAUUUUAGGGAUGAUUGGACUUAAUCAGGUUCCUGGGGUGAGCAGUGUGGGACCCAUGGCUAAUAUGCCUGUCACAGGGGGUGCUGGUAACGCCCAGAUGGCUAGUAUAAAUAUGGCUUCCUCAAUGGCGGCCACUAAUAUGAUGGUGACGCCAACAUCUUCCCAGCAGAAUGUUAACAACGGAUCCUACCUGAAUACCAGCAGUAACUCAGCAACUGGGAGCUUGUUUGGCCCCGUAGGGAGUGGUACAUCGGGACUGGGGAGUUCGGGCUCCACUGGAGCAGGGUCUAGUCUGUUUGGGAGUUCUUCCCCUAGUAUAGGCAACGAGAGAUAUGGUGGCAGUCCCAUGUUGAAUGACUCUUUUACAGGUGCCACAAGCUAUGCGAGCAAUCCAGCUACAUACCCUCAACAGGCUAUGGCAGAGCGCUCUCCCAACAUCAACCUGAAUCAAAAUUCAUUUGGUCUGGGUACAGGUAUGUGUAGCCCCACAGAGGACAAACAGCCACCCCAGAAACAGGAUCUGGAAGUGUCGGAGAGUAUAGUGGGCGCCAUUUUAGGACCUGGUGGGAAAGGAAUUGUGGAGUUACAAAAGUUUACUCAAACCAAUAUCCAGAUCUCUAAAAAAGGUGUAUACGUUCCAGGAACACGAAACCGCAUUGUCACAAUAACUGGCAUCGCCAAUAACAUUCAGAAAGCUACAUACCUAAUACAACAACGUAUACAGCAGGAGGAAAUCAAGAGAGCACAUCAAGCGGCUCGCUAGGAAAUCACAUUAUAUAUAGAGGCUUUAAGGAAAUAACUCAUUUCAAACAAGUAUAUUGUUCAAUAUUUUACCAGUCCUUGUCUUUAUUUUCAUUUUAUUAAUGAUAAUUUUUUUUAAUUUAUUUAAAAUUUUUUGUGGUUUCCUAGUGACAUAUGCACCCAUUUGUGAUUGCAUCAUAUGUAGUAUUGAACCAUAGUAUAGAAGUAAAACCUGUGUGUAGUUUUCAGUUGAUGCUGCAUUCUCUGGCACACAUUGUGUUGUUAUGUACAGUUCUGCAGGGAAUGUGAUGACACUGUGAUGAUAAUACGUUACGUGAUGGCAUGGAACUUGGAAAGCAUGCAGUUUCUUGAGCAUUUCUAUCCAGGAUUUAUUUUGUACAGUGGAUAUCUUAACUCUAUUUGUUAAUCUGUUACUGAAAUAGUCAUGACUGUUGUAAAUUAUAAGGGUAUGUAUGUUGUCUUUUUUUUUUUUUUUUUCUUUUUCGUUUCAUAUUAUAAAUAAGCCUGUCCUUGUAUGGCAGGGAAUGUUCAGGGCAGGCAAAUACAUGUUACGUUGUGCAUUCUACACAUCACACACCCUAUCUCUUCUCACCUUCUCGCCCCUAUUGUCCAUGAUAGGACGAUCUGCAUGAAAGAAAGGGUUAAUCCUCUAGGGAGUUGAGGGGUGGGCAGGUUAGGUUUUUGAUGGUACCUCAGUCAUACAGAAAUGCAUAAACUGUGUCCCUUUCAUUCACUCGCUGUUCAAGUGGAUUCGGCAACAUUUCAACAUUAAUCUUCACUGUGUUUAGCCACAUAGGGCAUAAACUGUCACUCACCACAGGGAAUUGUGUGCAUUUUGAAGUGCUCUGUUUUUGAUGAAACAAAUACAUUUCAUCACUUUCCUCAUUUAGACACCAUUUUGAUUUUUGAAAGUAUACCACUUCUAACCGAAUCAUUUCAAAAAUGGAACUGGACAUGUCAUCAUUUCCACAAAUUAUAGCAGAAAAUUGAUCUCUCUCACCCUUUUUUGUUUUGGAAAAUAUGCUACAUAUCUUUGGUUACGUAGGUAAUAUUACAUUAUGCUCACAACACUGCAUUGUUUUAGAUGCUAUAUGUUACAAAAAACAUAGUCAUGCAGUCAGCAGAGAAGAAUCCAUUUACUUCAUACCCAUCAAACGUGGUCAACUUUCAGAUUAGGGUUUGAAGCAGUUUGAAGCAUAUCACAUUAUGCUUCAACCAAAUUGAUAAGGGGAAAGUCCUCCGACACAGUACGUUGUCGUGUAUGCCUGUUCGUUUACUGUUACUGAAGUUUUAUAUAACAUGGGUUUUGUUUUGUUUGAUUUCUUGUUUUAUUAAGGCAGAGGUUUGUUACAUAUUGGUCAUCGGUUUAUGCUCACUCUGCAUUGUAUAUGAGAGAAGAACCAAUGUAGUCUUUCACUGAGGAAUGUGUUGGAAUUUCUGAGUUUUGUUUUGUUUCGAGUUGUGUAAAAGCCCAUUGAAACAUGGACAUGGGAACUGUUUGGAAUGUAACCAGGAUUUUCGUUGAAAAACGCCAGUGGAUUGGCAUGUAACUUCAUCAUGGACCUCAGAUUAGCUAAUGAAAUCAAGUGUUACAUUAUUAUUAUCUAGGAUUUAAGUUGACUUGUGUGUUUGCACUGUGUUGAACUUUUUUUUUUCAUAUUAUAUAAAGAUAUAAUAUAUAUAUAUAUAUAUUAUUGCUGCAAGGGUGAUCUCCCUUGUUUAGCGAGUUUUGUACAUUAGUAUGCCUUCAUAAGUUAUAUCACUUCUAAACAAAUAUAUGUAAUAUAUAAAAUAUAUUACCUUUAUUGGAGUAUGAUUAAAUUUGUUAAUAUAUAAUGUUGUAGUCAAAUUUGAUUGUUAUUAUUUAACUGAAAGUUGUUAACUAUGUGUACUAUAUAUAGAAGUGACCCUUUCCUAACCUCAACGGUUUUACAGGUUUAUUUUCUCGACUUCUGAUAUUUAUUGUCAUAACUAUAUAUUAUUAUUAUUAAGAUAAUAAUAAUGAUUGUUAUUCCAGCCAUUACACAUAUUUUGUGCUGAAAGAGAUACUUGAAGCGCAUGAUUAUUUAUUUAACAGACUUCAUCACACUAAGUUAUAGGGGACACAUAGCUUACAUUAUCAACCUGAUUUUUGUGGUUUCUCCCCGCAUGGUAAACAACAUGUAUGCUCCUGAACCACUGGCGUUUAUUUUAGCCAUUAGGCUCUUAAUAUGAUGGGUAUGCAAUUCAUACGCCACAAUUAUAUAUUUUUUGUGUGUGUGGAACAAGCUAGAAUAUUUUUUCUUCCCUAGCAUUCUAUCCUAUACUGGUUUUUGUUUCCAAAUUGCUUGUUGAAGAGACAUUUUUCAGCCCAUCUCAUGUUUAUAUAUAUAAAAUACAUUAUAUAUAUAGAUAUCUUUAUAAUGAAAAUUGUAUAACAAUAUUUUUUUUUUUUUUUUUUGCAUGUCUUUCAAAGAUACACCAUUGAAUUUUUUGUUUAUUUUUUUGUUCUCACACAUAACACACCAACUAUAGCAUUUGAGUGUUGCAUUGUAAUAUAUUGGUAUCAUAGUAACACACUCUCCUCAGGCACCGUAGCCCCUGUACAUCAGACAUCUCACCCGUCAUCCGCGGCAUUUAUCAUGGUUUCUUGUUAUUUGAUGAUGUGCCAGCUACACAGUCUUUCAAGAUACUUUACCUUUGGGUCGCUAUCAGUGUGUUUAAUAGAAUGAUGGUGAUCGAUGGAUUAAUCAUUUCGUACGAGUUCAUUUUAUUGUGUUUUGAAGGUGUUUGGGUCCUUGCUAGCUUUUUUUUUUUGUUGCGAUUUAAUAUUACAAGCAUAUAAAGCUAAUCACUUUUAGAUGACGCUCUUUCACAGAGUGUGUCAUUGUUAGUGUGGUGGGCUACACUUGUAGCCCGCUGGCUUUCGGAUACAGUUUUCCUCCGAACACAAGGUCUUGAUACCUUGAGGAUGAAUUGUAGUUCUCAAGAUGGACCGUCAGAGGUCAUUUGAAUAUUUUAAAGUGUAAAAUUUUCUCUCUCUCUCUGUUUGUGUGAGGGAGUCUGUAUCCCGAUUGCCAGGUAACUGUACACAGUUAUAUAUUAUGAAAAUGAUGAGAGAUCAUGUGAUGAGAUGAAGAGAUCAUGUGAUGAGAUGAAGAGAGAUCAUGUGAUGAGAUGAAGAGAGAUCAUGUGAUGAAAAUUUGUGAGAAAAAGAAUCAUUAUAAGUAAUUAAGAUGUUUAUAAUGUAAUUUAUGCAGUAAUCAUUUAGGACAUCAACAUUAUAAACGUUUUGCCUCAAAAUUUCAAUAUCAAUCCGGUUUCAAUUUCCAUGCAAGUUCAAAAUGCAAACAGAUAUUUUUUUAUUUUUGUAUACAUAGUAAACAUAGAAAGUGAGUGAAAACAUUCGGUCAUAUCAAGUUUUUAUUAUCAGGUAUUUUUUUCUCUCACCAGAUUUUUUCAAGUCACUGGCAUAAUAUGUUUGUUAACUGCAGCAUAGUUACAAUGUUUUCUUCCACCUUCUCUUAAUCAACACUUUCCUCCAUUUAUCCACAUUGUCAAAGAGCGAUAUGUGAGUGACCAGUAUUACCUUAAGGGACAUAGCCAUGUUUCUGUUAUGAGUUAUGUCCCCUGACAUAGCCACGUUUCUGUUUUGAGCUAUGUCCCCAUCCCGCAUCCCCCUGAUCUAGUCUUCUGCCAGUCUGAACUAAGAAUGAGUGAAGAGGUAAUAUCAUAGAGUAUUUAGAACCAGAAUUUUUUUCUUGGAUGAUUUUUUACUUUCUACAACAUUAUAUGCAAGAGAAACAGUUUACUCAUCUGUAAUUAGUUUUCAGUAAUUUAUUUAUUAACUGAGAUUUAUAUUGUCGUGUGACACUUGUAUGUAUAUAUAUCAUGUUGAAGCACAAGGACCCAAAUACCUAAUUUCAAAACAUAUUAUUGGGGGAUUUUAGCAUGAACGGGUCUACCCACAAGGAAGCAAGCCAAGCAUAAAUAAGUUUACCAAUUUUUAUACUCAGACUCCUAAUUUCACCAGACAACCAUGAGUUACAUACCUGAUUGGUCAACGAAACAAGAAAUUCAGCCAAUCAGAUGUCUUUUUACUGGCAGUCUGAACAAAGUUGGGAUUUUUAGUUUCUUGGAGCAACUGAAAAUUUAUUCUUAUAUCAAAAUGCCAGUAGAUACAAACAAGUUUGACUUCAAUACUUUUUAUUGUUCUUGAAAGACAACAUGAAUUUUUUCUUUUUGUUUUUGUUAUUAUCACACCAGAAAAUUUAUUUGAUAGGGAAAGUGUCAGUUAUACUCUUACCCCUAUUUUUUGUCUUUUGGACUUUCCUUUAAUUGAUCUGGAUGGGUCCAUUGUGGUUUGUAAGGGUAUGCUCACUUAAUCUGCCAGAAAGUUUACGCAUAGUAACUUAAGUUUUCUGAGUAUUGGCUGUAAACUUCUCCCCAACAUUUGGUAACGUUGAACUGUGAUAAAAUAUCAUCUGUACAUAGUAACCACUAAACAAUAGCAAGUAUAUAUAUAUAUAGUAAAACAUUUCCUCAUUUCCUCCAUAUAUAUAUUGUACAGUAAUAUUUGUUGAAUACAUAAGUGAGUUGGAGAGUAGUUAGAAUGUUACAGGACAGUCAGUUUUUUUUGCAAACAUUACAUUUAAUUUAUUAUUAAGUUUGAAAGAAUGCUGUACUGAGCCUGAUAAUGUGUAGAGAUUUUGUCCCGGAUCAGCCGGGUACAUUAGGUUGGGUAGACCCUGUGUUACAAUCCCCUGAUGGCAAGGGGUGCAUUUGGAAGGUUUGGAAGAGCACUGAAGAUGUAUUAGCAAUAACAUUAAUUAACCAAUAAAACCCAAGAGUACAUAAUACACACUUUUAACCAUGUGCUGUCAUGCACGGCCGCCUACAGUGAUAAAUCGAUCAGGUUAUAAGGGAAAUAACUCUAGUUUCAAUGACAUAAAAUGUUGCACAUUUUAAAACCAAAAUACUUUUUUUAUCUGUUAACUCAUUGCUUAACUGUACAUCCAAAUGAUUUUUAUAGGAAGUACAUUCUGAUUUUUAACACAUUUAAUGGUCACAUUUGACAUAACUAGUUUGAAACUAUUUUUAAAAAUGUUGAUCAAAUGCAAAAUCAGAUGGGAAUUCCCUUUUACAAUAAGAAUGAAUUUCAAAAACAUUGAGAAAUAAAAUUAUUGAUAUCAAAAUGAAUGAAAUAGCAAUUUAUGUCGCUGGUGAUGUAUUGUUUUGAUUAGAAUUUAAAUGUUUAUUAAACUAAACAGCCAUUGCUCCUUAUUUAUAUAUAAUCAUGUUUGGAUAAAAAUUAAGUGUGCAGAUUUUGAACAAUAAACAGUUUUUAGCCCAGUAUGAUUACAGUUCACCUGAAACAUCAAAGGUGACGAUUAUAGUUAGAGUGAAUCUAUAUAUCUAGAGAAUUACCUCCCCUUGCUCCAAUAUUUUUUUUGUAGUUAAUAUUUUAUCUAAUGGUAUCUGUGGUAGAGUGUCGAUAUAGAAGUUGAAUUGUGAUUUUAUGUAUGCUUUCUUACCUACUUUGUAAAGUCUUUUUCAAAAGAGUGUGUUAAAAAUUAUCCCAAACAAUCAAAAAUUCCGUUUCUAGAUGCAUUAUACGUAUUGGUAGCCAGUCGGGAAAAUUCUUCAAGGAUAAAAAAAUGAUUAAAAAAAAAAAAGAAUUUUAAAUGUUUGUUGCAGAUAAAUUGUUUCUUGAUUGUGAUUUGUGAUUUGCGAAACCAUUAUGUACUCUUGGCGGUGCAUGAACCACUUGUAUAGGACCUAUGGAUAUACCCUCUCAUUGUAGUGCAUGGUUUUUAUGGUAUUUGCAUUGAUAUCUUCAAGGUUCAUAUAUUUUAAUUGACUUACAUGCCAGAAGUUUUGAAAGUGGGCACGGAGAGUUGGUGCGUCCCUUCCCCCCACAAGAUGUCUGUUAAUGAAACGGGACUGUUCUUCAUCACCGCGCUCACUUUCAGUAGUAUAUUGUGAUAUAUGAAAGUUUUCGAGUCAUGUGAUAGGUCAUGUGAUCCAGAGAUCUUGCCAAACUUCACGAUUAGCAUGGGAGAGAAACCAUUACGAUAAGAGGACACUUCAUUUGAUAAAUUGUUCAUAAGUAGUUAAGAAAAGAUGACAUUCCUUUCAAAAUAUAGUAUAUAUAUUAUUUAUAAUAGCAACACAAGAACAUUUUUUAUAAGGAGAUAUUUUGUAACCGCACAGAUAAUCACAAUUCUUGUGCCAUUUCCAAGUUGACCGCUCAGAGGUCUAUUUUUAGCAUACAUCCAUUGGUGAUUUUACUUAAGUUCAAACAUACUGUUUCAUUUUUUUAUAUAGACAGAUUUUAUCGAAUGUGUACAGGACACAUUUUAUCGGCUCAAAGAAUCUUAAAAGAUAAACUUGUUUAUAGCCAUCAGAUAUUUUUUAUUUAUUUCUGUCAUUUCACUCGCUCAUCCCAAGGUCUGUCAGACAAAAGUUUUAUCUAAGGGCCUCCGUAUCAUUUUCUCCCAGGUAUAGUGCUGUGAUAUUUUAUUUCAUUCUCAUCAGUUUCACAUUGAGUCACCACUUAUACAACAAAUGUUAAAAGUCUUAUUAUCUGUGGCUGUUGAACCCCUCUUGAAACAGUCGAGAUGGAAACGCGUGAUGUGAUUUGGGCUUAUUUGUCUGUUGAUCCACUUCUAAACUUCCAGUAUUCACAUAACGUCAAACACUCUGCUACAUUUUACAGAAGGUCAGGGGUAUUGGACCAGACAUUUUAUUAUUAACUCAUUAAGUCGUGGACUGAAAUGAAAAACAGUAGAAUCUAAUACUUGUUAUUUAUUUCGGCCCAAAUCGCAUCACCAGUUUCUGGCCUUGACGCACUGUUACCCAGCAUGCGCCCAAUAGAUAUAUAUAUGCACUAUAUUUUUGAUUUGGUGUUUUAAGAAACAGUAAUAAACAGAUUUUGAGUGUAAGUUUUAUACUUCGUCUUUAUACCUCCUGUCUCAGUACAUAUUGAAAAAUUGUCACGAACAAAGAAAAAUCAUGGAAAAUAACUUCACCAAAAUCGGCACAAUUUUAUAUAUUACAGGUACCCAUUAUUUUACAGGCAAGGAAAAUGAAUGAUGUGGGUGGUGGAAAUACAUGUCGAAAUUAUUUUUCACUUUUUUUGGAAAGCAAAAAAAUUACAAGCAAUAUUGUCAAGAUAUUAUAAAGAUACCAGGUUUCUUUAGCAUGUUUGACCGACUUGUUUCGGGGGUGGAGCUGGUCGAGGGUAGAAGGAACCCCCACUACUUGGUGCAGGGUAUAGGUUACAGACAAGACUACCAUUUACAGAUGGUUGUCGAAUACUUAAUAAACUUUUAACAUAUAGAUCUGUAAUUAAUGUCAUCUUUUAUUGAAACUUGUACAGAAACUAAAAACUAAAGCUUUUGGGCUGCCAGUUUGUUAUGGAUAUAAAUGAAGAGGUGAACUAGAAGGGGAAGCAACAAUUUUAGCCCAUGGUCUCUGGUUGGUUCCAGUAUGAUGUGAGUGUGCAUGUGGUUUUUGUCAAGAUUAAAUUGAAAAUAACUUUUAAAACGGGUGAACGUUCAUGUAGAUAUGAUUGCAAAUACCACCUGGAAAUAAAAAUUUAAACAGAUUUACACAGGAAAUAUCUUGGAAUAAAAAUUGGGCUGAAAUGUA